AUGAAACCUUUUAUUGUACUAGCACUCUGCUGUAGUUUUUUCUCUAGCAGAGCCACCCCUCUUCCAUUUGAGUUUUUGGACUGUGAUGACCCUGAUGUCUUUAAAGCUGUCGACACAGCACUGAAGAAAUACAAUGGAGACAGAGCAGCUGGUAAUCAAUUUGCUCUAUAUGUGGUGAUGGAAGCCAAGAGAACUGCAGGUCCUGACACACAAUUCUAUGUGAAAUAUCGAAUACAAGAAACCACUUGUGCCACUGAGGAAAACAAACUCUGGCAAGACUGUGAUUACAAAGUACCUGCAGAGGCUAAAACAGGAGAAUGCACAGCUCAAGUUCACAUGAAUAAUACUGAAAAAACAAGUAACAUUUCACAAGAUUGCAAAAUUUUUCCAGCUACGCCAAAGAUAACACUUACUGUGGCUACAUGUCUUGGAUGCUUCCAUCCUAUAUCAAGUGACAGUUCAGAAGUGUCAGAAAUUCUGAAACAAGCCAUUCAAAAGUUUAACAGGCACAGUGCUGAACGCGCCCUUUUUAAGCUUGUGGGAAUAAAAGAAGCUAAAAGACAGGUGGUAGCUGGAUGGAAUUACGUAAUUAAAUAUGAAAUCAAGGAGACUAAUUGCUCAAAAGACCAAUUUCAAGAUCUAACUCCAGAGUGCAAAACCACUUCUAGAGGUCGUGUAGGUAAAUGUGAUGCCAAAGCAUAUGAAAAUGUUCACGCACAGAUUGUAGAUGUUGCAAGCCAAUGCAAGCUUCCAGUUGAAGACACGGUAAAUCCUGACACUUGCAGUGGUUGUCCGGAGACUAUCCCAAAAGACAGUCCAGAACUGAAGGAACUACUGAAGGUUUCUAUGGAGAAGUAUAAUUCAGAGAGCGAUGAUGAUUUCUACUAUAAAGGUGGAGAAAUAGAAGCAGCGACAGUUCAGGUGGUUGCAGGACAAAACUACCGUUUAUUAUUUGUGGUCUGGAAGACAAACUGCUCAAAGAGAGAGUUUGAAAAACUUAGUGAAGACUGUGAAGCCACAUCAGACAGUGCACCAUUGCCAUGUGAAGCACGAAUUCAUGUGAUCCCAUGGGAGAAUAAAAUCUCUUCCCAGGUUAACUGCUCUAAAGAACGGUCAAUGGUUACAUUUCUAAGAAGGCCUCCUGGAUUCACACCUUUCCGAAGCUUUGCUGUGUUAGACCAGCCAAAUAAAAUUUCACACUCUGAUAAAAAUGAAGAAGAAAGGCAAAGACCUGAGAAAGAAACGAGAAAAGAUGGUGGACAGGAACGAGAAGGUGAAGGUGAACCUGAGCAUAAACACAGGCAUAAACAUGGGCAUAAACACAGGCACGGACAUAAAAAGGAUCAUGAGUCUGACAAAAGGCAUAGGCAUGAAAUUGGUUGUGGGCACAGAACUGGCCAUGGGUGUGGGGAUAAAAAACACCAUUGUAAAAAUUGUAAACAUAAACAUCCAAACCCCAAAUCUUCUGAGGAGUCCAGUGAAAGGGUUUUUAAUCAAAAUGAAACCCUCCUAUCAUCCAGUGCUGAAACAGUAUCAGAGCUAGUUAAUCCAGGGGUUGCAAGAAGGGAAAUCAGUACACCUGCAGAAUCAUUAAUUCUUCCCGAUACUUUUUUGUUUAAUGGGUUGCCAGACCGCCCAGAAUCUCCGCUCCCCAGAUGUCCUGGAAAACCGUGGAAACGAAUUACAGACCUUCCGGCUCCCUCUAGCUUUCCCAGAGAAUUCACAAAUGAGGAUCUCUUGCCUUCCGCAGUAGAAAACAUCAAUCCAGCAACAGAAAACUCAACACAUCCCCAAACCAAAGACCUUGAUCUCUCAGAUGCUUUACUAUAA